UGUCUGCAUUUCCCCAUGGGGGUAUCGAUUAUUGCCAAAUUUGUGUAAACAUCGAUUGAUCGCUGUACCGAGACAACAAUAAUAGAAAUAAAUUAAGUCAAUUGGCGAAUUAAACUAUAUUAGGCGCGGCACAGGGGCGGAAAUUUGAUGUGCAAGAGUCGGGAAAUGCCGUGACGAAAGGCGGCAGUGCGUCCGAUGGAAGGCCACCGAGCAACAGUGUUCCUGCAGAAAUGUACGCGAUAAUGGUGCAUGUGCAUUGCGACUAAUCCAAAGAGUCCCCCUGUGGUCAUAACGCAUUUAACAACAAACGCAGCCAAAAAGACACGAUUCCCCAGAGUUCCUCGUGUUUCUGCACCUUACCCAUCCCAGAUAACCCCGCCACAAGCAUGGACGAAGAUAUCCUGAACGCUGUGGAGUCCCUGUUCGGCAAGGAUGUCAAGAUCGUGGACUGUGAGACCUCUUCCUCGCUGCAGCAGGAGGAGGUGCUGCUGGUCAACGGAGUACCGGUGAAGCUCGAUGGCCUGCCGGCGGAUGAUGCCAGUGCCAUUAAGGCAGCUUUGCUGGAAGGACAGAUGCCCUCGGUUGAGCACCUGAAUCAACUGCUCUUCCGCGCCGGAUUGGCCCAACAGCCCAUCGAGGUAGAGACCUCGCUGACCGUCAAGUCCUCUCUGACCACCACGGAGGAGGUGUUAGUUUCGCGUAACGGACAGAUCUUAGACGAGCGCACCGUGGAGACCAAGGAGAACUUUAACCACCAGUCGCAUCAGAAAGAGAUCUGGCAUCCUGUCAAGCAGCAGUCGGCCUUGGCUCGUGCCACUCCCGAGAAUGCACUCAAAUACCGAACCACUUCGAAUUCCACGUUCGCUUCGCAGGCCACUGACUCGGACGAGCGUCCAGCUGACCCUUUGGGCCGGCAGCUGAACCAAACCUUCUCGAAUGCUUCCCUUAUGUCCAGCAGCUCGGCUAUUACUGGAUCCGAUCAGGUCAUCGGAUCCGUAUCAUCCACUACCAUUGGGGACAAGAGCUCGAAUAUCAGCAGCUGCGACUCCGGGCACGACGGCCUCUUCCACAGCGUGUCGAUGAGUGCGCCCUGGUCACAUGCACGUGACACCAUAACCGACUCCUUGUACUGCGACAUUCCCAGCUCGGCAGAUGAGUCGGACGCGAUUUCUAUCCUAAACACCAACUUGAAGAUCAAAGAGCCAUUCGAUUGCCAAACAGCGCCAGAUUACGCCAAAGAUAUACCGAAGAAGGGCAACCUAGAUUCGGUAGUUUGCCUGCUUAUCAAUAACAACGAUAAGGAUGUGCGGUUUGCCCUUCUGGCGUCUUCCCGUUUGUUUUCACCACCACAUCAGCUGCUUUCCAAGAUCAUUGCCAAGACUCAUGGAGAGGAGGAAAACGUGCUACGACUUUUGAACGAGUGGCUAGACACCUGUCCCGGUGACUUUAGCCAUGAACUGAUGAUACAGGAGCUGGAGAAAAAGCGUAAUAUAAAAGGAUUGGCAGCUUUUUUGGAUGACAUUCCCAAAAUAUUGGCGCAAAAGGCCGAAAAUAAACAAAGUCAAUUAAAUAACCUGCUUACCAAGCAAUCGUCGGCCAGCUCGUUAGGACGUCAGAGCAGUAUUAAGUCGCUGAAACGCUUUGCCGCCAAUGUCUACAAAACAGAUAACGUGCUCAACAACUGCAGCAGUGCCUUCGAGUUGGCUCACCAACUGUAUGCCAUUGAGUACGCCUAUCUGUCACAAAUACGCCUGGAGGAAUUUGUGGAAGUACUAGAAAAGGAUGGGCUGAAGUCCUGCAUAAGCCAAACCAAGGCAGGCACCUUGGGUUCGAAUUACAUCAGCCAGGUGACAAUCGACAGCUAUGUGCAGUGGUUCAACCAACUGAGCUACUUGACUGCAACGGAAAUAUUAAAGUUGGGCAAAAAGUCCCAGAGAGCACAAAUGAUUGACUUUUGGGUGGAAACGGCUCUGGAAUGCUUUAACACGGGCAACUUCAACAGCUUGAUGGCGAUUCUAACAGCAUUAAACCUUAAUGCCGUAGCUCGCCUGAAGAAAACGUGGGCCAGAGUGCAGACGACGAAGUUCGAGGGUUUGGAGCAUCAAAUGAAUCCAAGUUCGAACUUUCUAAACUACCGAUCCACCAUGAAGGCAGCUGUUUGGCGUUCGGAAAGAGAAAUGGCCAACGAAAUUGAACGUGCCAUUAUCCCAUUCUUCUCGCUGUUCCUCAAAGAUUUGCAUGCCAUUAACGAGAGCCAUGAAACGAAGUUGGACAACGGAAACAUAAACUUUGAGAAGUGCCUUUAUUUGGGCACCCAGCUGCGGAACUUCGCCAAAUGGCAGCGACUGGACUGUCCGUACGAGCAGUUGGCCAGUGUGGUGUUCUACCUGUUGAAAGCGGAGGUAUUGAGCGAGGAUCUUUUAAUGAAGGCCUCCUACGAGUGCGAGCCACCCGAAAACUGCGAGGAGAAGGAUCACUACAAGACGCUGAAGGCCGCGAAGAAAUCGAACACAUAAUCACCAAUCAUUAACGACAAACCUCGGGAUAGUGCAACCUAAUAUACAAAUAUAAAAAAACGAUGCAAUAAUUCUCGCACACUUUCGUUGGCGUUCCAUUUUCACUCUUUGCAUUUGUAUCGCUAGAAAACAGUAACAAUAAUAACUUUUACACUUCCA